CAGAUCAGUCAUGCCUCUCUUAGCGCUCUACACCACUCUGCUGGCUUUAAUAUGGACUCAGACUGUCCACUCCAGACCAGAGGACCACCAUCACACAGCCAGGAUCAGAAUAACUCGGAAAGAGAGCACAAUUAGCUCUUUUAACCUGCCGAAUUUAGAGACAGAUCCUGUGUGGAAGCUGGUGAAGGAUCCUACUAGCUCAAAAAUCUAUGCAGGAGCUUCUCAUGGCCUGUAUGAGUUUAACCCUGAAAAGAACCCUCCAGGAUUGACACAGGAGGCUUUGCCGAUUUUUAAGAAUGAAUGCAAUGGCAGUGGAUCUGGCUGUGAGCGUUCCAUCUUUGUGGUGACGGAAGGAAAGAAUGGAAAUCCUCUGUUUGUCUGUGGAACAGAGGUUAAAAAGUGCUGUGAAGUGGACUCAGGAUACAAUCCACGGAAUUGCUUUAAAAUGGAUGGAAGUGCAGGGAAAGUAAAUGAAUCUGCUCUGUAUAAUGGAGACACACUUUAUUUCACCAUCUCUGGAGACAGUUGUGCCACUGACACUUUGGGACUCUACAGACAAGCAAACCAGGGCUACACAUGGCCACAGACGAGAGACAUAGCGCAGACCUAUGUCAAAAUCAUAGCAGAUGAAAGCAGUGCAGCAAAAAACGGAAAACUGUACAACUUCUACAUAGAGAAGAAUCAAAAUGAUGACCCGGAGACGCCUUUAUGGAUUCCCCGAGUUUCUCGGUACUGCAUGUCAGAUACGGGGGGCAGUAAGAAUCAACUGCAGUACCGCUGGACCUCCAUGCUGACGGCACGCCUGUUCUGUGGAGACAAGAAGAUGAGAGUGACCUUCACAGAACUGCUGGAUGUUGCUGUUUUGGAUCCAAAGAACUGGAACACCACCAUGGUUUAUGCACUCUUCAGAAACAACUAUAACGCGACUGCUGUGUGUAUUUACAAAAUGUCUGAGAUCACACGGAUCUUCGCAAGCGGCAAGUUCAGACAUUCUACAGCGCCUCCUCAGCAAGCUGGAGAGUGUGUUUCAGACAAAAGCACAAGCUUUCUGAAGUUUAUGGAAAAGCGUCCGGAGAUGGAGGAAUGGAUCGAGCCUGAGCGGCAUCCCCUGCUGGUUGGCCAUCGACAUUACACACACUUGCAGGUGGACAGUGUGACCAGAAAUGACGUUACCUACAGCGUCCUCUUUUUGACCUUAGGUAAUGGCAGGAUCCAUAAAGUGGUGGAGCUGAAUGAUGGUCCCUUCAUCAUCGCCGAAUACGAGCCAUUUGAAUACAAGACACACAUCCAAAGCAUGCUGCUGGACAGAGCUACAAAAAAGCUGUAUGUGAGUUCCAGUAAUGAGCUGGUGCAAAUCGACCUGAAGACCUGCAGCAUAUAUGGGCAAGAAAAGUGUGAUUGUGUGUUUGCUAGAGAUCCUUACUGCGCCUGGAGCGGGAGUGCAUGUUCACCUGAUAUGCCACACAUGAGACUCGACGAUCCGGCUGAUUGUACAGCUGGGGUCACUGCCAAGCUGAUGUCAGAAACAUUGGUGAUCGUCCCUCCAAACUCCAAAUACCACUAUAAGUGCCCCACCUUCUCUCAACAUGCCUCAUACACUUGGGAACAUAACAGCAAGAAAAAAGAUUGCCUCCCCUUUCAACAGGAAUGUCUUCUACUAAUAGAAAAUAUGAGUGAGGAGGACGUGGGUCAGUAUGACUGCAUAGCUUCAGAGAACGGUCAAGAAAGGAAAGUCCUAUCUUUCCGCUUGGGGAACAGCGCCUCGCAGCCGAGAGUGCCUCCUCGCCUUCUGAUUCUGAUUUCUCUGAUCUGCUUCUGGUAUCAGGGCUGAGGAGAAUCAUCUGGCUGCAGACAUGCACUCUCAGCCUGUCUAUUGGCUGCGGAGAGAGAACGCUCACGUGCAUCACUGGGGCUGAGCGUGCAUCUCUCUGAGAGGGCAUGUCUGCAGCCAGGAGAAUGAGCAAUACUGCCACACACACUUGUUGCCACUGAAGAUGCAUCAGCUACUGGACCGCAUUCUUCAGGUGAAAUCUGUGGCAACCUGGAACCUGAACCUGAACUUUCUGUUUUAGCAAGCAAAAGAGUUUUCAUUCGUUUUUAUUUAAAAAAGUUUAAAUUCUUAAUACAUUUUAUUUAAAUAGGGCUAUGCUGAAUAUUUUAAAUUCCCAUUGUUAUUGUUAUUGUAUUGUUAAUAUAUGGAAAUAAUAGUUAUGCUUUUCUCAGAGUGCAAUAAACUGCCUGGCUUUCCAUCUGC